GCUGCCAAGUUCGCUCUCGAGUUUGACAGAAGUUUGAAUCGGACUCGGGGGCUUUCUGCAGCCGGCGGGGCAAAGAGGCGGCCGCAGCCUCGGCGAGCGCAAGCAGCAGCACCCCGGCCCCGCACCCCGCCAGCCUGGACCCCGGCCUGCCGACGGCCGCUCGCUUCCUCAGCUGCGAGCCAGCAGCCCCCAGCCCGACCGCGGUGCCCGGAGCGUCCCCGCGAGGGAGCCAAGCCCCCGCGCUGCGCCCCCGCCGCGCUGCGCCAGCAUGUCCUCGACGGAGAGCUCCGGCCGCACGGCAGACAAGUCGCCCCGCCAACAGGUGGACCGCCUGCUCGUGGGAUUGCGCUGGCGGCGGUUGGAGGAGCCGCUGGGCUUCAUCAAAGUUCUCCAGUGGCUCUUUGCUAUUUUCGCCUUCGGGUCCUGCGGCUCCUACAGCGGGGAGACAGGAGCAAUGGUUCUCUGCAACAAUGAAGCCAAGGACGUGAGCUCCAUCAUUGUUUCAUUCGGCUAUCCCUUCAGGUUGCACCGGGUCCAGUAUGAGAUGCCGCUCUGCGAUGAUGACUCCACCUCUAAGACCAUGCACCUUAUGGGGGACUUCUCUGCCCCUGCCGAGUUCUUUGUGACCCUUGGCAUCUUUUCCUUCUUCUAUACCAUGGCUGCCCUAGUCCUCUACCUGCGCUUCCACAACCUCUACAUGGAGAACAGGCGCUUCCCACUGGUGGACUUCUGUGUGACUGUCUCCUUCACCUUCUUCUGGCUGGUAGCUGCAGCAGCCUGGGGCAAGGGCCUGACUGACAUCAAGGGGGCCACACGGCCAUCCAGCCUGACCGCAGCCAUGUCCGUGUGCCAUGGGGAGGAAGCAGUGUGCAGUGCUGGGGCCACACCCUCCAUGGGACUGGCCAACAUCUCUGUGAUCUUUGGCUUUAUCAACUUCUUCCUGUGGGCCGGGAACUGUUGGUUUGUGUUCAAGGAGACCCCGUGGCAUGGACAAGGCCAGGACCAGGACCAAGGCCCCAGCCAGGAGAGUGCAGUAGAGCAGGGAGCAGUGGAGAAGCAGUAAGCAGCCCCCACCUGGCUACUCCCGAACUGGACAGCAACUCUUCAACCACCUCCGGCUUCCAGGACCUCUCUUUCCUCUCCCUCCAACUCCCUUCCCCCAUCAUUCUGGGCUUUGAGUUGAGAUGUGAAUGGGCAGGCAUCAGUUGUUGGAAACCUGGGCAGCCCUCCCAGCGGUUUCCCAUCCCUCUUCUUGCUGGAACCCCAGAUGGCAGGAGCUCAGUGCUUCUUAUUUACUGCCUGGACCGAACCAUCUAACUUGGGGUCUUACUAGUACCCUCAUAGCCUCUGAGAACCAGCCUCUGCUGCAGGGGUUGAGGGCAGGAGACCAGAGCCCUGAGACUGGACCGUAGCAGCCACCUUUAUAUCAACCCGUCCAGCUUCAAUAAUAGUGGGGAUAGGGGAAAUCAGCUGGCAGCCUUCUCUUCCCCAGUCCCUUGCAUGGAGGGCACAACAGUGGUUUCGUGACCCUUCCUCAAUGGCUGUCAUCUAAUCCCUCUGUCUGAUCUCUAGUCAGCCCAGACCUCAGCGUGCUUUCCAUUCUCUUCUCUGACCUCUGCUUGCCCACAGACUUUACCAUGUGUGAACCAGGAAGGCUGACUAGCCUAGAAAAGAGCGCUUUAUAGGGUCCUGAUGAGGCCUGGACUCAGCAGGGAGCAGAUAAAUUGCAACUGAGUUGCAACUUCAAGAAACUAAAGCCAGGAAACUCUCUGGCACAAUCAGUUUCUUCUGUCCCCUCAAUCCUCCCACCCCCCAGGCUAGGGCACUCUCCACCAACACACCAAACUCCACUUAUUCUAGAAACUCGUUACCUUCCUCCCUGUCUUCUGUCUUGGGCUUGGUCUCAUACUUGGGACACAAGAUGAGGGGUCUUGGAGCAUCUCCAUUUCAGCCCCCUGCCUCCAUUCCUCCAACCUCUCUAUGUCCCUUCCCCAGCCUUUUGGGUUUGAGGCAUUUGAGAUCCUUUUCAAUGUCUGCAGGCCUUCAUUUCAUUCCUGUGGGGUGAGAUAGGGACUUUGGAAGGUCCCAAAGGAACAUCAUCAAGCUGUUUCUCCAGAGCCCCAGGACAUGGAUGGAUGGGCCCAUUUCUUCCUUAUUAUCUGCUUGUUUUUUCCUCCCUGCUCCUUCUCUAGUCCCUCUUUCAUACUACCCCUUCUCAUCUUCACAAAAGGAUAUGUCUCCUCCCUUGCUCUCCCAUUCUUCCCCUACCUCUUCCUUUCUCCAGGCUCUAUCCUCUCUCCAGUCCAGGGCAGGCCGAUGUAUUGGUGCUUCUUCACUUAGGGACCCAGUUCCAUAUUUGUCUUUGGUGUGUCUCCUCUUCCUGACACCUCCUUGAGUCCCUCUCUGGAUCCCAAGGCCUGAGAGUCAGUGCUAAAUGGGUAAGGACCAUCUGCUACCUACCCAGCUCCAAACACCUGAAUCUGCCCUGGCCCUAAAGCUUCAUCCAUCCAGGGAAGGAUAUAGAGUGAAGAAUCCAACCAUUUUCCAAUCCAGCACCAAUUGGCCCACCCAGCAUCCCAAAGGUGAAUGUGCCCUGUGCCAAUCUCUCCUCAGGAUGGAGUCAACCCCCUUCAACCUCCUCACCUCCCUAAAUGCCAUCCAUAGUAACGUGUAUUACUGGGGUACCCAGGGGUUAGGGCCUUUGAUUUCAGGCCAAUCAUUUCCUCUUUGAGACAGAAUUUCCCCACUUGACAAGGGAAGUGUGAGAUUUACAUCCUCAAAUACUCCAGAGUCCUUCAGUGAAAGAAUUAGGUUUUUUGUUUUGUUUUUUAGAUUUUUUGGAAGAGAUUUGAGGAGGGAAAAAGGACAUGGGGUGAGAGUGUUUCUGAGUCUGAAAUGCCUCUCUGUCCUGAGCUGUCCCCAUGAUUACAAGGGAGACAGUUUUUCCUACAGCUCUAGAGACACAGAGAACUAAGGAAUGACCUUCAUUUUUCUUCAGGCUGGCCCCUGUGGGGGUCUGUAAGCAGCUUCUACUGGAACUUUGUUUGGAUUCUGUGUCUAUAUUUAUAACUUAUUUGAAAUGUGAUGGAUAAAGUGUUCUCAUAUAGGGGCAGAAGUUAGCAAAUGGCUCUUCAGCUAAGGAAAGAGGGAGGGGGGCAAUAUUCAUUCCUGCCAAGGACUCCCAGCCCAAACUCUCCCUAGAACAGAGAAGGCUCUUUCUCUUCCUCAAGAGGCUGGCUUGUUCUCAGCCAGAAGAGCCUUAAUUGGGGCGAUGGCCUCCCUCUCCUUGACCACCCUAAGAAGAAAGGCCACUUCCCCUCAUUACCUCUGGAGGGCCAGGCUGGGCCAAAAGCCAAAAGCCAACAGCAGGGCUGUCCUCAUAGGACUAAUAUCCCCUCCCACCAGGCUGGCGUCACCACUUUGCCUACUGGGGCCUGAGGUAGGAGAAGGUGUCUGGUUUCUCCAGAUGCUGCAGGAAGCCAACAGGCAGGGCACUUGCCCUUUGCCCUAGUAGACUCUGACCCUGCCAGGGUGCCCACCUAGGACCUUUCCUGGACAUGAAUUUCCUCUACUAUCAUGGUCAUAAGUGUCCUACUUUCAGGAUUGCAAAUCAGGGGUGGGGGGGAAAAUGUUGCAUGUUGUCUGGUGCUUGUUAUUACACAUUGAAUAAACAACGCUGCGAGCAUUUGCCAUGAAGGAGCCAA